CACGUACCAAGUGACCGGCCAGUAAAUAACUGCCUUUGAAUUGUUACGCAUACUCUAAUUAAAAUAACAAAAAGCUUCAUGUCUUAGUAUGAUGAUCGAGAUGUCCAGUCGUCAACAAUUAUAUCCCACAAUUAUUGCUACGAACGAGGAAGUGGAUUCAGAAUCCAAAACAUGUGGGAAAUUGCUGGUGAUAUUGUCGUGGGUAUUGGUCGUUUUGACUAUGCCCUUUUCACUCUUUGUCUGCUUUAAGGUUGUACAAGAAUAUGAGAGAGCUGUGAUAUUCCGUCUCGGUAGACUAUUAUCAGGAGGGGCAAAAGGACCAGGCAUAUUUUUUAUUCUGCCCUGCAUUGACACUUAUGCGCGUGUUGAUCUUCGCACACGCACCUACGAUGUACCCCCACAAGAGGUUCUAACCAAAGACUCGGUGACAGUCUCUGUGGAUGCUGUUGUUUAUUACCGCGUCCAUAACGCUACUAUAUCUAUCGCUAACGUGGAGAACGCCCAUCACUCAACUAGGCUGUUGGCUCAAACGACUCUUCGCAACACCAUGGGGACCAGGCCCCUUCAUGAGAUCCUGAGCGAACGGGAAACUAUCUCUGGUAAUAUGCAACUGGCGCUGGACGAAGCCACCGAAGCUUGGGGUAUCAAAGUGGAGAGAGUAGAAAUCAAAGACGUGCGCCUACCUGUACAGUUGCAACGUGCAAUGGCGGCCGAGGCCGAGGCGGCUAGGGAGGCCCGCGCUAAGGUCAUCGCUGCCGAAGGGGAACAGAAAGCUUCUAGAGCCCUAAGGGAGGCCUCCGAAGUCAUCGGCGACAGUCCUGCUGCUUUGCAACUACGAUACUUGCAGACUCUCAACACGAUAUCAGCCGAGAAGAACUCUACGAUUGUGUUUCCGCUGCCAAUUGAUUUGCUAACGUACUUCAUAAAAGCCAAAGAGGAAGUUUAAUUAUCAUUAACGUAUUAAAAUAUACAUAUAACUUAACAAUACGUAGAAAGCAUAAUUCACUAUUUCGCAAUGAUUAACGUUGUGAAUCUAGUAUUCUAGUCACACACAAUUAACCUGCACAUGCUCUCAAUUUAACGCCAAGUUACCUAUCACAAAAGCGUUUUCAAUCUGUGAACAAUACCUACCAACCAUGAGCCGAGAACAAAAGCGAGCAAACCAUGCAACGAUCGCGGAGAGUGAAGCCAUGUCAUGAACACACAUAGAUAACGGAUUUCGAUUGAAACUAUCAUGGAAAUACGUGUACAAAAAAAUCAUUUUCUUUGAUGGAUCUAAUAAGAAUGGAACAGGUGGUAAAUUGCGCAAUUUGAAUAAUAGGUACCCUGUAUGAGGGUGCAAUGUGAACCCGGGUCUCCAUCGAGAUUUUUAGAAAAAUUCAAUGCACAAAACUGAUUGAUCAGUACUUUGCCGUGAUGUGCGCUAGGAUAUUUUGUGUGUAUGUGAUUUCCACCGGGCAAAGAAAGAAAAAUCAUUGUUGAUGGAAUAAUUUUGUGUAGGCUAGCGGAUAAAUACAACAAAAACUUUAUUAAAAAAUAAAAAAACCCGCCUGCUUGUUGUUAUCUGAAAAGAGAUUUGCGUAAUUUUGGCUGAAGUUAUUGAAAGCAUGUUACAUAUUUUCGAAAUCCUUAUGGUAAGACCAUUAAUUUGUCAUCUCGUAGUAUUUAGAAUUUUAAAAAAAUAUAAUAUUUCACAGUC